UUGACCUUUUCCUGGGACCAUGUGACUGGGAAGAGAAGUCGGGGGGGAUUAGAGAUGGGGAUAUAAAAGCACAAGACACAAACCAAAUGCCACAGUGUGCAGCAGGAGGAGGAGAUCAGUGGUGGCCUCUUGGGAUACCUUUGACAGAGAAAAAUGAACGCCAGCCCCCCAGCAGCAAGCGCCCUGACCCCUGGUGGAGUCACCGGCCCCACCACACCCAAGAAAGGCCCACCUAAAUUCAAGCAGAGGCAGACCCGCACAUUCAAGAGCAAGGCCCCCAAACCAGGCCAGAAGGGCUUUGGAGACGACAUUCCCGGCAUGGAGGGUCUCGGCACAGACAUCACGGUGGUGUGCCCAUGGGAAGCCUUUGGUGACAUGGAGCUCAGCGACUUGGCCAAAUACGGCAUCAUUUAAAGCCGCUGCUGCCGCCUGCGCCUCUCCUUCUCUCUCCUUUCACGGCCCGGCUGGUCAGGAUAAGGCCGCCGACAUCCCCCAUAAUGCCCCUCUCGUCAUCUACCUCCUGCCUUGCUCCACUAAGUGGAGAGACGGCAUAACCACUCUUAUGCUUUGAUAUUAUUAUUCAUAUCAUACUGUUUACAGUAUAUAUAACACUUGAAAUAAUGACGAGAAACCUUCACGCACCGCCCCCACCCCUCCUUAUCAUCCAUCUAGACCGCUCUCCAACCUCAACCCCACCCACGGCAAUGGACGCGAGCAGAACUGGUCAAAACUAGUUUGAUUUGCUUGUAGCUGUCUAUUUCAGUGUAAAUACGUUGUACCUCGUCUCCUCCUUCACCCUUUUUUUUUAAUUUCCCUCGUUUUUUUUAUUCUGCAUUGUUGUACCACUUCACAAGGUUGCUGGAAACAUCACAGGGGGCGGGGGCAAGAAGAGUAUGCAGGAUGCUGUACUGGUGAACACGACAAUGCACUUUGACUCCAUGAUAUAGUGGAGGAACGACUCCCUAUAAAAGCUCUCCACCCACCCUGCACCCUCCCUCCUUAGAGAUGACCAAGACUGCACGUGUGUGCGCUGCAAGCACCAACCAAAGACAAUGUACUGUGAUCUGUCUGCGAUAGUUUCAUUAAAAGGGAUUUAUUUUUAGAAUUUAA